UAUCUACACAUUUUCACAUAUAUCUACACAUUUUCAUACACACAUGUUUUUUGGUCAUUUUUGUAUUUUUUCUUCCUCUCUUCUAGGUCAGCUUCAGCAUUAUGGACAUGGGUGUAUCUGUGGUCCAUUUGGCCUUUCCCAUGGCUUCCUUCAAUGAUGGGUUGUGAGCGGCUCUGUUGAUGAACUUCUGGCCAAUGAUUGACUGCCUAUUGUUGAUUGAUGUCAGUCCAUAUAUGCUGUUAACGUAGUGGUUGCUGAUGUAUCUUGGUAGUCUGUUAGCCAUUUUUGUUGCCAAUUCAUCUGCUUAAGGACAGGAAGCGAGGAAAGGAAGCAUUAAUUGUUUAGAAAAAAUAAUUAUGACCAAUGACAUCUCGGUAACUGCAUGUUCAUCGCCAUUGGACAACAUUAACUCUUUAAUCGUUGAUUGGACAACAUCGUUGCAACGCUUUUUCAAGCUUUUUAUUUUAUUGCGGAUGUUUUGGUUCCAAUCGAAAAAAUCAGAAACGGGUGUAUUUAGCUAGUUGACUCAAGCCGAGCAGCUAAAUAACCAGGACUAUCAUGAAGAGAGUCACUCUGUUUGUCAACGGAACGUCUUCCAAUGGCAAGGUUGUGGCGCUGUAUGGAUCGCUGACAGACCUGCUGUCCGUCGCUAGCAGUAAACUGGGAAUCCGAGCCUCCAGCGUUUAUAACGGGACAGGUGGUCUUAUAGACGACAUAACGCUUAUAAGGGAUGAUGACGUGCUGUAUGUGUCUGAGGGCGACUCCUUUGAUGAUGCGAGUAAGACAAAGUGUGCAGACCCCCAGGAUGACCCUGAUUGUCCAGACUGGUUCCAAACUCACACUGAUUGGCUGACGCUCAACGUUGGGGGUUGCUGCUUCACCACCACACGGAGCACUCUGGUCAGUAAAGAACCAGCGAGCAUGCUGGCCCACAUGUUCCGAGACAAAGAUGUGUGGGGUAAUAAACAGGACUCCCAGGGUGCCUACCUGAUAGACAGGAGUCCAGGCUACUUUGAACCAAUCCUCAACUACCUGAGACACGGCCAACUCAUCAUCAAUGACGGCAUCAACCCACUGGGGGUCCUGGAGGAAGCUCGGUUCUUCGGCAUUGAGCAGCUGGCUGAGAAACUGGAGAACCUGAUCAAGAGUUCCCAGCCUGCUGAUGACCACUCCCCUCUAACCAGGAAGGAGUUUGUACGUUUCCUGUUGGCCACACCCACCAAGUCAGAGCUGCGCUGUCAGGGUCUGAACUUCAGCGGUGCAGACCUGUCUCGCCUGGACCUGCGCUACAUCAACUUUAAGAUGGCCAACCUGAGAGCUGCCAACCUCACUCACGCCAACCUCAGUGGUGCCAACCUGGAGCGGGCAGACCUGUCCUCAGCCUGCCUUGAUGGAGCUAACCUACAGGGUGUUAAGAUGCUGUGUUCUAAUGCGGAGGGUGCAUCUCUGAGAGGCUGUAACUUUGAGGACCCUGCUGGAGUCAAAGCCAACAUGGAGGGUGCCAACCUAAAGGGGGUGGACAUGGAGGGUAGUCAGAUGACUGGUAUCAACCUGCGAGUUGCCACACUGAAGAACGCCAAGCUGAAAAACUGCAACCUGAGAGGAGCUACACUGGCUGGCACAGACCUGGAGAACUGUGACCUGUCUGGAUGUGAUCUACAGGAAGCUAACCUUCGGGGCUCCAACGUGAAGGGAGCCAUCUUUGAAGAGAUGCUGACUCCACUGCACAUGUCUCAGAGUGUACGAUAGCCCCACUGCACAUGUCUCAGAGUGUACGAUAGCCCCACUGCACAUGUCUCAGAGUGUACGAUAGCCCCACUGCACAUGUCUCAGAGUGUACGAUAACCCCACUGCACAUGUCUCAGAGUGUACGAUAACCCCACUGCACAUGUCUCAGAGUGUACGAUAACCCCACUGCACAUGUCUCAGAGUGUACGAUAACCCCACUGCACAUGUCUCAGAGUGUACGAUAACCCCACUGCACAUGUCUCAGCUCGUACGAUAACCCCACUGCACAUGUCUCAGCUCGUGCGAUAACCCCACUGCACAUGUCUCAGCUCGUGCGAUAACCCCACUGCACAUGUCUCAGCUCGUGCGAUAACCCCACUGCACAUGUCUCAGCUCGUGCGAUAACCCCACUGCACAUGUCUCAGCGCGUGCGAUAACCCCACUGCACAUGUCUCAGCGCGUGCGAUAACCCCACUGCACAUGUCUCAGCGCGUGCGAUAACCCCACUGCACAUGUCUCAGCGCGUGCGAUAACCCCACUGCACAUGUCUCAGCGCGUGCGAUAACCCCACUGAUUUUCUCUUCUCAGAAGAGACUAGUUGCCCAAUACUAUAACAACCCUUAGUAGUCACUUAGCUACCUGAGGGCAGUGGUUGUUCCUCUGACAUGAGUGAAUAUGAAAUGAGACCCAGGAAUGUUUUAGUUCUGGUACACAUGUUUGUAUAUAUGGCGUAAAAGUUUCUACAUGUUUGUAAAAUAAUAUAUGUAUUUUGAAGGCCAACUUCCGCAACAACAAACAGUGUGAGGCUAAACUUCUCGCUGUUUUGGUCUCGCAGCUAUCACGUUGCAGCAGUGUGAAAUGCACCCAUGCACAUGCGCUUAUCUGCAAUAUCUGAGGUUCAUGGUUCAUGGCAAAAGUUAUAUGGCUGAGUCUCACUUUAAUGGGUCCACAUGUACAUUAUCCUACAUGGACUAUCUUCUCCAUGCCAGGGGUUGGAUUUCCAUCACAUGGUGCUACACUUUAUCAUUGUGAAAAGUUGUUCUAUUUUUGUAUCACACUAUCACUGUAUAAUUACUAUCUUAUGUCUUUUGCAAUAAAGGCUCUAGCCUGUUUUUAGUA